AUGGUGGAGGCGGGGAAAACGCAGAAUCCAUGGAUGAGUUCUGUGCAAACGGAAACUAUGGAGAUCAACGGACGUGAUUUGUCAUUGAUGGAAUCGGCGGUUUCUGAUAGAGAUGAGGUUGAAUUCAGUACUUCGCAGUCUCAUCAGACGACCAAUGCAUCACCAUCCGAGGUAAAAUUAGGGUUUGGAGCGAGAGCUUUCUCCGCAGCCGGUGCCGCUUUUUUGUCGGCGAUUAUUGUUAAUCCUCUUGAUGUGGUCAAGACGAGAUUACAAGCGCAAGCUGCUGGAGUACCUUAUUCGCAUCCGUUAAGUAAUCUCAUUAGUCGUAUGGCAUAUUUUGGACCUAGAACGUUGUUUGCUGAUUUAAGGUGUUCUCCGACUUGCACCCGUGCUGGAGUUCAUGGUACUGUUUCAAUUUGUCCUCCGGAUUGUUUUCAGUACAAGGGCACCCUUGAUGUCUUUUACAAAAUUAUAAGACAGGAAGGAUUUUCAAGGCUCUGGAGAGGCACAAAUGCGGGUCUCGCGUUGGCUGUACCAACGGUUGGGAUCUAUCUGCCCUGCUAUGACAUGUUUCGCAACUGGUUAGAGGAUCUAACAACCCAGAAUGCUCCAUCUGCAACACCAUAUGUCCCUCUGGUUUCAGGAUCAUUGGCACGCUCAUUAGCUUGCACAACUUGCUACCCUAUUGAACUUGCCAGGACCAGGAUGCAGGCAUUCAAGGAGACCCAAAUGUGUAAUAAACCUCCUGGCGUCUGGAGGACCCUAGUUGGUGUUGUCUCCCAUGUUAAGGGCACAAAUAAUGUUCAAAACAGCUUGAAAGUUUACCGCAUGCUUUGGACAGGCAUGGGAACCCAGCUUGCUCGUGAUGUUCCAUUCUCAGCAAUUUGUUGGUCUACCCUUGAACCUAUCCGGAGAAGACUUCUUACUCUGGUUGGUGAGGAAUCUAACGCAGCCGGUGUUCUGGGAGCAAACUUUUCUGCUGGUUUUGUUGCUGGAAGCCUUGCUGCAGGUGCUACAUGUCCUCUAGAUGUUGCAAAAACCCGAAGGCAAAUAGAGAAAGAUCCUGUGAGGGCAUUGAGGAUGACAACACGGCAAACAUUGAUUGACGUUUGGAGGGAUUCGGGAAUGAAGGGUUUGUUCACAGGAGUUGGUCCUCGUGUUGCCCGUGCAGGCCCUUCAGUUGGGAUUGUGGUUUCAUUCUAUGAAGUUGUGAAGUAUGUUCUACAUAGCAGAUAUAAUGCUUAAUAUUAGGACCGGGACACACACUUGUCUUAAGAGGAAUCAAACGUUUGGUGACAGCAUAGGAGCAACACCUAACAUCAACAAGAUGUCUACAAGCAUUUCUGUGCAUAUCAUACGUACAAAAUAAAAUUAUGCACUGAUCAUGUUAGAUCCUUUUUCCUGUAGGCCUGCGAAGCAGAGACAGGACCUUUUGUCUAACACAAUUUUGGUUUUCAGGUUACUGGAAAUGUACUGUGUACAGCUCGUUUGAGCAAAAUUUUGUCUUGCUUUGGGUGGUUACCUAAGCAAUUGUUUUUUCCAAUUUUUUCUUUUUGCUGAGAGGUAAUCUCAGUUUCGCUAGUUACAAGUCUUUCACUUUUGGGCUUUUGUAUUCAUCAAACUUUGGUGUCUACAAGCCAGAACUAUACAGAGGAAGGUUCACUUAACUGGUGAGACGGCGUCUAUAUUGUCGGAGGGGGGAAAGUAAAUUGGAAGAGUCUUUAGCUAGUAAGGUUUUGAAACAAGUUUGGAAUUUGGUGAACAUGUGGAAGUUGUUUGAGAAACUUUCAGAAAUGUCUGGAUGGAUUUUGGGUUCAAGGAAAAGAAGCUCCUGAAAUCCCUGUGAGGGAUACAUUUAUUCAUACUGUAAUUGUGAAUAAUUUCGAUUUAUCUCCAAUAGUUUUGCAAA